GGAAUGUAAGUUUAUAGAGUUACUUGUUCUCGAAUGUUAGGAGUUUACUUUCAAUAUGUUUUGCUUAUCUAUUACUCCUUUCGUGUUUUUACUAUAUAUUAAAACUAUUACAGAUCGACCAACAGUACAUGUAGAACCAUCAACCAGUCCUUAUAAAAUAAUACAAGGUAAUCAACUGACUUUAACCUGCACUGUUGAUGAUUCUAAUCCACAACCUACAAGUUUUACCUGGAGUAAAGAUGGUGGCAGUAUUACAGGUCAAGGGUCAUCUGUAUUCAGUCUGACGUCAGUACAGAGAUCACAAGCUGGACAGUAUACAUGUACAGCUAAUAAUGGAGUUGGAACAGGAACAUCUACAUCUGUAGAAGUUGAUGUUUUAUAUCCACCUACUGUGUCCACACCACCUAUAUAUAAAAUACUAGAAUCUACUGGAUUAACUAUAACUUGUUCCGGUAACCCCGGUAACCCUACUGUUACUAGCUAUAGAUGGACUGGAUCUGGUGGAUAUAUUUCUACUGGUGCUACAUUAAGUAUACCUGAUAUAAAGAGGAGUAAGACAGGUGUUUAUAGAUGUACAGCUACUAAUAUCAUGAUACCUACAUCUAAUAUACAACAAACAGGUACAGGUACAAGUCAGACAACGAUUGAUGUUUUAUCUCUAACUGGCCGGUCAGAUAUAUUGUCUGCGAUGUCACAGUCGGUGAAAACGGAUGUUAAACAAUACAAAUAA